AUGGGUUGCAUUUGCUCCAAGGGGGCUCCCGCAGAAGAUCACUCAGAAGUUCACCGGCAGAAGAGCUUGUCCAAGUCCUCCAGGCCCCUCGCCGCCCCUUCGAGGAGAGAAGAGAUCGCAGUUGCUGCUAUCGAUGCCACCAUAGUCGGAAAAGACGGCGGCGGCGGCGGCCGAGUGAGGCUGAUACAAAAGUCGCAGGAGAAAACCGCCGUCGCCCAUCCAGCGCCGCUGCACCCCUCCGACGGGGAGAAGAGGAUUCCGGUGGUCGGCGACAGGCCGAGGAAGGUGAUCGUGCACCAGAGACGAGCCACUGUUGACCUGGGGACCAAUGAACCAGAGCGCCAUCUGAAGGUGGCUCCCGUCCCCAAUGGCCUGGAAGGAGAGCUCGUGGCGGCGGGCUGGCCGUCGUGGCUUGUGGGUGUUGCUGGAGAAGCUGUGAGAGGAUGGGUGCCCCGAAAGGCCGAAUCAUUCGAGAAAUUAGACAAGGUCGAAGACUGUUCUCUGAAAUAUAUUUUUUUUGCUUUCAUUAAUCUUUGCAUUCAAGCAGUAUCUUGCCAUCAUUUGCCUGCUGAUUCAUGAUGUUUGCAUUAACAUUUUCCGCCACAGGAUAUUUGAUGCGAUUAAAAGAAUUAUUGGGUUUUCUUGAAAGCUAAUAAUCUGGAGAAUCCCCCGUGAAAGAUGAAAACUUUGGUUAAUUGCUCUCAAUGUCAUAGUCUUUGCAUGAUUCCAAAACCCAUGCUCCACGAUGAAUAGGCUUCCAUCUGACUCAAGUUCUAUACCCUGCAGCCAGCAUUUAGAUGAAUAUUCACUGAGAUUUUGAUCUAAUUUGAUGAUCCCCCAAAAAUAACUUAGUGGGUACAAGAAAUAUUUUGUUUUCUAGUGAGAGAAACUGAAUUCCCACCUGGGAAAUCUGCAAUUCAGAUCGGACAGGGGACCUACAGCACCGUCUACAAGGCCCGGGACCUUGAGAAAGGCAAGGUCGUGGCCUUGAAGAAAGUCAGGUUCGUGAACAUGGAUCCAGAGAGCGUCCGGUUCAUGGCGAGGGAGAUCCACAUACUCCGCCGCCUCGACCACCCGAACAUCAUCAAGCUUGAAGACCUGGUCGCUUCCCGCGUCUCGUGCAGCUUGUACCUCGUCUUCGAGUACAUGGAGCACGAUCUCGCAGGCCUCGCCGCGACUCCCGGGAUCAAGUUUAGUGAGCCACAGGUGUUCAAAAAACAAAAAAAAUCAGAUUUUUAUUGAUUAUUUCGCCCAUCUGAGUUAUUUUCGCUAUCGAAUUAUACUCGCUCUAAUUAUCGUAUCAUAAAAUUUCAUUUGGGGCCCAGAUAAAAUGCUACAUGCAGCAGCUGCUGGGGGGGCUGGAGCACUGCCAUAGCCGGGGCGUUCUUCACCGGGAUAUCAAGGGGUCGAACCUUCUGAUAGACAACAACGGGGUGCUGAAGAUUGCAGACUUUGGGCUGGCGACCUUCUUCAACCCUAAUAAGAAGCAGCCGCUGACCAGCCGGGUGGUGACGCUGUGGUACAGGCCACCUGAGCUCCUGCUCGGGGCUACUGAGUAUGGGGUCUCGGUGGAUCUGUGGAGCACGGGCUGCAUCCUUGCGGAGCUGCUAGCUGGGAAGCCCAUCAUGCCUGGAAGAACAGAGGUACUUAAUUCAUUCAUGCCCCCUUGUCUCCUCAUGAAUUUGUUAGGUUUUUUGGGCCCUGAAAGAAGGGAUGAUACCAGGAUCAAAAUCAGACCCAGAUAUGGGAAUUCAGUGAAGAAAAAAAAAAAAAAAAAGAGAGAUUAGAGACCCAAAUUGGGAGGAUUCGGUGAAGAAAAAUACCAGGAUCUAGCCUGAACAGGGGACUUAGAUUGUUGAUUUGUCUGUGCACUUAGAUGUUUGGUGGGUCUCCAAUCAUUUUUUAGGUCUUGCGGAUGAAAAUCCCUAGAUUCUGCCUGAAUUCAUUCUGGGAAAAAUGCAUGUUCCAUGGGGGUCAAUGUGGGCAAUAAAACCAUGGUCGUCCAUGUAAGAAACAUAUGCUUCAUCUGGCCAUUUCUUUUCCCGAAUUGGAAGCAGGCAUGACGCUGAUGAUCUUCCAGGUGGAGCAGCUGCAUAAGAUCUUCAAGCUGUGUGGGUCCCCCUCCGACGAGUACUGGCAGAGGUCGAGGCUGCCGCAUGCGACCAUCUUCAAGCCGCAGCACCCGUACCGGCGCUGUUUCUCUGAGACCUUCAGGGACUUCCCACCGUCGGCUUUGGGCCUGCUCAACGUCCUUCUUGCCAUCGAGCCUGAUGGCCGAGGAACUGCCACAUCAGCCCUUAAUAGUGAGGUGAGAGCCUCAGAUUUCUUUUUAGUUUUAAUGUUUCUUUAGAAUCAAUAAUGUGAUAAUUAUGUACUAUAGUAUAAUAAUGUGAUAAUUAUUACUGUUCAUUUCCUCAGUUCUUCUGUACAAAGCCGCUUGCUUGCGACCCAUCGAGUUUGCCGAAGUACCCACCAAGCAAGGAGUUUGAUGCCAAGCUCCGGGAUGAGGAGCUGCGAAGGUAUUCGAACCUCGGCAGGGACAACUGGGGAGAUUAGGAGCUGCGAAGGUCUUUAUUCCUUUUCUCACCAUUUUCUCUCUCUAAAACCAGGCAGAGGGCGGCAGCCUUGAAGGACCGUGGGACGGAGUCUCGGAGACGGGCUUCAAGGGAUGGAAGGCCCUUGCCUCCAACAGAUGAGAAUUCAGAGAUGCUGGUCCGUAGACUCACUCCCUCUCUUUCUUCUUCUUCUCUCUUUUGGAAAGAGAAAGGGACCAAUGGCAGGGGGCUUUUUUCUUCCUGUCCUUGCAGAGGCGGCCAGGUCAGCCGAAUCCAAAGAGCUCCAGUGACAAGUACCCCCCUCCAGAGGACGGCAACCAUAGCAAGUUUCCCUUGGAUGCUCCGAGAGGGAAGCCCCGCCACGGGUACUCCCAUUCCGGGCAAUUGGUCUACCCCGGCGGUUAUUGUCCGCCAUCAGUCAAGAAGCCGAGGGACGACGAAUUGCAGGCGGCGCUGCCUGGCCGUUGCAGCACGAUGAGGGCCGCCAACGGGCCAGAAGGGCCAGCGCAGAGGCCCUACAGUGCCCAGCCGGAGGCGUCCAACUUCUUGGGUCUGCCGGUGGCGAGGGCCACCACCAGGUCCGACAACCACAGGGAGAGGAGCAGGCACCCGCCAUGGCCUGACCACAGCUCCAGACACAACCAGCUGGCAGCGGCCGCUGAGCCCUCCGAGAAGUUGGAGUGGGCUCAUCAUCUGCUCGACCGGCCAUCCACCUCUAACAAGAAGGAUGAGAGGGCCGGCUUCAAGGAGCCCCCCAUGGUGGGUUCUUCAUCCUCUGGUUCCGAAGAACUUUACUUCUCGAAAUUACUACUCGACCUGAUUGAGGAAAGAAAGCAGGGGUACGGCGGCAGGAAGAGCAGGAUCCACUACUCGGGGCCAUUGAUGCCGCCAGGUGGAAACAUCGAGGAGAUGCUGAAGGAGCACGAACGGCAGAUACAGCAUGCCGUGCGGAAGGCAAGGCUCGACAAAGCCAAGACCAGAAAGGUCUUCGGCGAGAAGGGCCAGUUCGAGGCUUUGCUCCACGGCAGGGCUGACGGCUCCGACGCCUGA